AUGGAUGCAGCGCCUCAGCAGGAACGCGUGCGGUGCCCCGAGUGCGGGAAGGAGUUUACCUACCGGAGCUUCCAAGAGCACCAGGCGACCAGUCAUCUUGGUCGGAUCUGUCUAGUCCUGGCCCACAGACUAGAUAUCCAGGUAGACGACGAUGAGGUGAUGGCCCAAGUUCUCGAGCGAAUAAACGUCCAGCUCGGGAUGCGGGCCCACAACCGCCAGGGCUUCGAUGAGGACAUCAUCGAAAGGGAUGGCAUGUUCUGGUGCUACAUCCCGGCUUGCGAUCUGGAUGGCCACGGCCACAGCUACACGAGCAAAAGGAGCUUGCGGCGACACCUGCGAACCUUCCAGAAGCAGCGGAAGGUAGCUGAAGCCGCCCGGCGCGCGGCUCUCAACGGAGUACCCGCCGUCGCCGCCAAUGCUCAGGCCGUUCCCGACGUUCAUAUAGCCGACGUCCCUCCCGCCGCCCCCAACGCACCCGCCAACGCACCUGGUGACCUCAACAUUCCAAACGCCCAGGACGUUGCCGUUGCCCCCGGCCAGCACGCACAGCCUCAACAGCAACAGGUGCAGGCUCCGCAUGCACUGAUGAACCCACCCGCCGCCGCCAACGACGACAACCAAGCCCUCGUCCUCCACAACCCCGCGCAGCUAGCCGGCCCCCAGCAGCCCCACGUCGUCUUCGCGCGGGACGUCUUCGAGUGGCGCGCCCAGAUAUCCGAGUACUGGCGCGAGCUCUACGCCUGCCUGCGCGUGCGCAGCGAGACCUUCGACGACUUCCUGCACAUGGCCCAGAACGCCUCCCUCGCGGCCCUGCACAUCCACCCGGCCUUCCUCAUCCUGCGGGAGUCGGUCGAGCGCGCGGGCGGGAACGUCGCGCGCGCGCUCGAGCCCGUCGUGCUCAUGCUGGGGCACCCGCACCCGCACCUGCGCGAGGUGCGGGCCCGCGUCGCCGAGCUGGCCGCGACCCACCACCAGCGGCGGGCCGCGUUCCGGCAGCUGUUCGCGCUCGCGGACGCGCGGGAGGUCCUGCUGCGCGGCGCCGAGCUCAGGUUGUCCCACCACCAGCUCGAGGCGGCGCUCCGCGUGGCUGAGGUCCGCGCGAACGCCCUCAUGCCCCCCGAGCAGAUGUGA